AGAAACACAGUGAGACAGUGAUGAGAGAAGACGACAAAAUAUAUCGGUUGUUCUCUGUCAGUCUAACGAAAGAUAAAGCUUUGACACUGGUUCUAUUGUAAACGCUGCACUGGGAUCCCAAUAACCUAAAGUCAAAUAAAUGUCGAGGUGAUCGCUACCUCUACACUAAGUGAGGUUUGGAAUUUCGCCUUUUAUGUCUAAAGUGCUAACCGUUAGCUGACGGGCUAGUUAGCGUAGCCAUUGAAGCAAUGGCGUUGAAAAGAAUACAGAAGGAACUUUCAGACCUGCAGAGGGACCCUCCUGCCCAGUGUUCUGCUGGACCAGUUGGGGAUGAUUUAUUUCAUUGGCAGGCCACAAUAAUGGGUCCGAGUGACAGCCCCUAUCAAGGUGGAGUGUUUUUUCUUACUAUUCACUUCCCAACAGAUUAUCCAUUUAAACCACCUAAAAUUGCAUUCACGACAAAGAUUUACCACCCUAAUAUCAACAGCAAUGGAAGUAUUUGUCUGGAUAUACUGAGAUCACAAUGGUCCCCUGCCUUAACAGUAUCGAAAGUGUUGUUGUCAAUUUGCUCUCUUCUAUGUGAUCCAAAUCCGGAUGACCCACUGGUACCAGAAAUUGCCCACACAUAUAAAUCUGACAGGGAAAAGUACAACAAAUUAGCAAGAGAAUGGACACACAAGUACGCAGUCUGAAAAUGCCAGGGAGAUCAAAAACACGAAUGAGAACAAAAGAAACAUUUAAUUUGUAACUUGUGGCAAAUGAGCAACUGAGGCAAAAUAAACUUAACAACAGCUCAUGGUUUGGAGAAGGACACAAUAUAAAGAGGUACAGUGCCACCUGGCUUUCUGUGUGUUGAGCUGCUGCCAUGUGCUGCCCUUCAUGACUUGUAUGGAUCUGCUGAGCAGGACCUGAUGGGCUCCUUAAAGCACUCCCAUAUGGAAUACCGGAAAAUUCUUCACAGUCUAUUUCACCACACUUUAAACAGCUUUUUCAGCUUCUGUGUUAAUCACUGUCACUGUUCAUGUGCAUCAUUUUUACUGAAACAGAGCCAUUUCAGUGCACAAUGUGGAAGCUAUACAUUUUAUUUAGUAGAUUGGUUUGCCCUUCAUUUCAAAUGGUUCAGUCAUUCUCACUGGAUGUCUUGUUAUUACUGUAAUUCUUCUCAUUUUAGUGGCCUUUCCUUGUCAUAUCUUUUUCAGAAGGUAUGCAAUUGAGGCAGAAAAUGGUACAGUGCCAUUACCAGCAGCUGAUCUGUUGGCACAUACUGUCUCUUACCUGCUACAAUGUGAAAGAUAUAAAGAAGAAUUGGUCUCCAUCACCCAAUGCAGUUAACAUUACAACCGUACUUAGUUUAUUGACCCUUGCUGUUUACAGCUAACUGGCCCUUGCUUUGCUGUUUUGAGACACCCCCAGGGCCAAUAACAGCAUUCACUGUUUCCUACAGAUGCCCUUUUAUAUCAGUUUUGAGUAGCAGUCCAUGGUUGAUGACCAUAGUGCAUGGAACUCUACUGUUGCAUGACUUGAGAACAUGGCUACUCUUUAGAACCAGAGCUCAGUUGUGUGUCUUCUCUUUAGUGCAAUUACUCAGGUAUUUUACCAACUCAUCAGCUUUUAGUUUCCUCGAUCAAUACGUUGUCAUCGUGCUACUUAAAUAGUACCAUUCUCUAUUUUGGAGAUAUUACAGAGAAGGGUUCAUACAAUGAACAGGCCCAUCUAUAUCUAAUAUUUUAUACAGGCCUAUAGCCUGUUUCUAUCACUUUUCUGAGGGUUUCUUGUCAGUAUCAGUUAAUGGUAGUUAAUUUGGUCACUCAUCCUUUUAAUUUCAGAAACUUAAAACACUCUGGAUGUGAACAGCUGAUAUGCUGCACUAAUAAACCUAUUUGGAAACUUAAGUGAAAGGGGUAUUUGGUUAGUGCAGUGGUCACUUUUACUUGAAAAGGGAACCUUGAUCAAGAUUAACAAUGUGUUGAACAUAGUAAGUAAAACUUUUGUGCUUUUUUGUUCUGAGAUAGCAGUAAAUCUAUCAGUUGGGUGAUAUGAAAUUUUAAAGCAUUUGUUUAUAUUUAUCAUUGUUUGUCAUUUAACAGAAAAUCAAGCUCUAGGUGGCAGAUUUAUGUCAUUGUAACAUUAUCUUGAUCUUUAGGUUUUAUGGUUUUAGGCCUUGUUUUCUCUUUAAAGUCAUCUGAAUUGGACAUGAUAAUAGGAUGUCAUAUUAGUUUAAUGUAACCUGUUGUGACUGUUGCAAAAAAAAUAGAGAGUGCAAUGUUUCAGGUUUUCUUGAAAAUCACUGCUCAUACUUUAUCAAUGCUGCCAAUAAAAAGGGACUUAUGAUUUGUGAAGGGUAAUUGUCGUUCUAUUUGAGGCAUUAGUUAAUGGAACUCACCAGAUAUGUUGUAGUAAUGCAUGAAAACUUUAGUGAAAUUAACAACAAGCUUUAGACAACAGAUAUAGAUUUUUGCUGUUAACUAUCAGAACAAAUUAUCUUGACUUACAGUACAGUACUUUUUGAAUGUAUAUCCUCUUGAUGCAGUUUAAAUAAUUUUACUAACAGAACAUUUGAGGCAUAUUUGUGGCAGAGAUCUUGACAGGUGUCAGCUGGAAAAAGUGCAGGCUUAAAUAAUCAAAUACAGCUCCAUGUUGUCAGGGUGCAUGUUGGACUCACUCGCUCACUAUUCUCACUUACAUAAACUGCAUGGAGCAUUUUUUAAAUAAAUUAUGCCUGUUCUUUUUCAAGAAAUAUGUCAAAAUGGCUGCCUUGCAAAAGACUGUUGAAAUAACAUGCGUAUAAUAGUACUUGUUCAAGUCCUAUGUGCAUUUUUAUUGUUUUAUCAUUUGGCUAUUUAUUUAUUGAAAGCAGAGUAUCGUCCAAUUUUCUGACUUUCUUCAGCCUUUAGUUUUUUAUGUGGAUGAUGCUACGUCCUUGUUCCAAUGAGUUCAAUAGAGAUUAUAUAGGCAGCUUAGCAUGUAUUGCACUCUAAAGUACCUUCUUAGCCAUUUGCAAGAUAUCAGGGAUUUCGUGACGUUUCAUCUGCCCACCACCGCUGUCAAAAAUGUUUAGCCUUAAACCUCAUUUUUUACAUACCCAAAAAAAAUGUCAUAACCCUUAAAUUUGCUGUCAGGGCUAUAUCCUCCAAAUGGGCUAGUCAUUUCAAUAGAAGUCAUGGACAACUGCUUAAACAAAACCAAUAUUGUGUGUUUAACUUUCUUUGCUUGGCUCUCUCUGGACCCAGAAAGAGCAUACUUUGAAGUUAAUUGGACUGCCACCAUGAAUGUUCACCUGUCCACAACAGCCCCAUACACAAAACAUCCAUUUGCAAUGGCAUAAUAUGAAUAAAAUCAAUUUUGGUUUA